GUAAUAAAUAUACAGUAUUAGCUAUAUAGUCGUCGCUAUCUUUAUUUUAUAUAUAUAUAUAGUACCGUUGAAGUGCAUAUGUACAGUUCAAGUCGGGAGCACUUAGGAGGACACUGGUUGAAGGGCAAAGAUUUGAAGAGGAGACCUAUGUUUUCAUGGCUAUGGCUGGCAUUCUCUUCGUUAACUAGAUGCAUCCUAUGCCCACAGACACAUCGGUGAUCGGUGGGUUCUGCGAACCCCGGUUGGUCGUGUCUUUUUCUCGAAAAAAGAAAUACGAGCCGGGGGUGGGUACACAUGUACAAAUCGACGAUUGCGCCGUGGUCCCGUUGUGCUCGCACAUUCUUGCUGCGGUUGGAGGCGUUCUAGCUUUGAAACGAUUCUCCGACUUUUCUUUCUUUUCGGAUCGAGAGAGGGGGCACCAAUACUUACAGGUCGCCGAUAGAACUAUGUCCGUUGGGUGCAUCACUUCUUACAGGUACUCCGGGUGUUGUGCCGACUCCGCGCACGAAUGUGUUACCCCUAAGACAGGUUUAUCCUUACAUUGCUGCAGUGCUACAUUAUGGACGCGUGAUAAUCGUUUUGUCUGGACUCGGUGCUACCACGAAUAUAGAUUAAAUGCUACGUGGAUUCAUUAUGCGACACUGGCAGGUAGCGCAGUGUAAUUCUCUUCCACUCGUCCACCCGGUUAUUACCUGUGUACCACGCGCUUACUGGAUUGACCGCCGGAGACUUCCCUCCAGGUCGUGUGUCGCCUUAUCAAACCCGCCUUUCAAGACCUCGGGCGCCAUGAAUUCUAGUGCACUUGUCUGCUCGAUCUUCCCAUUAUUAUCGAUCGGGAUAGUAGGCUCUCAAGAUGAGCGCAACGAAGGUUGUGCCAGCCGACGAGAUGGCCGUGAUAGCAAGUCCAGCCGACACCGCGAGCGCGAGAGAAGUCCGC